UCGGGGUCUUGAUUUUCCGUGGAAACAACUGCAAUUGGUCUAGGCUCAUCACCACUGUUUUCCUAAUUGGGUCACGUACCUUGAACAGCAGCAUGAAUGACAAGAAAUUAAGCAAGUGAAAGCCAUCCACCGCCUCAUUUCCAUGCGGGGAAAAGUUGCCCACCCAAUAUAACGCUCGUUGUAGUGAAUACAAGAAACGGAAGAAUACAAACCGAGUAAAACUUCAAGACCUAUAGAAAAGACCACAGGCACCCCCCCCCAAGUUCUCGUUACUUGGCAGAAAAUCCCAUUUCCUGUCUCUGGAUUUUUUUUCGUACAACGCAAUUAGGAAGCUAAAACUGGGAACCAGCCUUUUAAAAUGCGCGAUUAAAGUGUUUUGGGGACAUGCCACACUCUGGUCGGUGCAACAACCAAUCCAUUCCCUGCCGCAGUCUCGCCACACAUCCUCUUUUCGCUCGGCUUGCCCUGCUUUUCGGCUUCUCUUGGGGAGAUGCCACACUUCCGUCUUGUGCAGUUCCGAACCUCUUCCCCGCUUCAUUCCUGAGCACGCCACACUUCCUGCCAGCCCUCUCACCCACUUUAGGCACCCCCGUCCCUUUUAAUCAAACGAAACUGAUCAAGGUCUCCGCCCUUGAUCUAAAAUGCAAUUAUUUUCUUUCAUUCUGGAGGAAAACAGAACCAGACGGUGAUGUGAACUAAAUCCCUGCUGUCCUAGUUAAUUGCUGGUUAAAUAGGCAUUUUUCUCCUCUCCCUCCGCCUUCUUCUACCUCUAUUUCCUUUUCUUCCUUCGGGGUCCUAGCGCUCCAUCUAAUGGAAUUGCAGAGGAAGGGAAAAGCCAAUAGACAAAGGAGAGAGCAGGCGGUGGCCUUUCCCAAAAUGGCUGAGGUGGAGGAGGAAGAGGAGGAGCCGGGUGUGGAGGUGAAGCUUGAGGAAGAGGAGGAGGAAGAGGCUGGCUACAUCCAAUCUGGCCGGCGUUACAAGUGCCUGACGUGCAACAAGACCUUUCCAAGCGUGCCACGAGUGUUGCGUCAUUUGAAGUCCCACGUGGCCGGCACUGGCGAUGGAUUGGCUAGCAAGCUGGCUUGCCCCAGCUGCAGAAAGGAGUUCCCCGACCGUGGCCAGCUCCGCAAACACCAACUCAGCCACCAGACAGAGCGCCCCUACCAGUGCCAACUUUGUGCCAAGGCCUAUAAGACGGCACCCGAACUGCGCAACCACGGGCGCAGCCACAGCGGCGAGAAACCCUUCGUGUGCCAUGAGUGCGGCAAGGCCUUCAUGCAGCCAGUUUGCCUCCGGGUCCACAUGGCCCGCCACACCGGAGAUUUACCCUUCCGAUGCCAACAGUGCCACAAAGGGUACGGGACCCUCUCCAAGCUGAAGAUCCACCAGCGCUCCCACACAGGCGAGAAGCCAUACUCCUGCGGUGAGUGCAGCAAGCGCUUUGCUGACCCCUCAGUGUUCCGGAAGCACCGCCGCACCCAUGCUGGCUUGCGCCCCUACCAGUGUGAGGUUUGCCACAAGACGUAUGCUGAGCUCAAAGACCUCAAGAACCACGAGCGCUCGCACACCGGCGAACGGCCCUUCCUGUGUCAGGACUGUGGGAAGGCCUUUUCCCGCUCCUCUUCGCUCGCCUGCCACCAGCGCAUCCAUGCAGCCCACAAGCCAUACCGCUGCAAUCUCUGCGGCAAAGGCUUCACCCAGCUCUCCUCCUUCCAAAGUCACCAGCGCACCCACUCUGGGGAGAAGCCUUUCCUUUGCCCACAGUGCGGACGCAUGUUCAGUGACCCCUCCAGCUUCCGCAGGCAUCAGAGGGCUCACCAGGGCCUGAAGCCGUACGCCUGCGACAAGUGUGGGAAGGCUUUCCGCCAGCCAGCUGACCUGGCCAUGCACCAGCGCAUUCACACAGGCGAGAGGCCCCACAAGUGCUCCCAGUGCGACAAGAGCUUUGUGGCCUCGUGGGACCUCAAGCGCCACCUCCUGGUGCACUCAGGGCAGCGCCCCCACCAGUGCGGGGAGUGUGGCAAGAGCUUUGCCGAGCGGGCCAGCCUCACAAAGCAUUACCGCGUCCACUCUGGUGAGCGACCGUUCAAGUGUGGCCGCUGUGGCAAGGCCUUUGUGGUGUCGUCCAGCCUCAGGAAACAUGAGCGCACCCAUGGGAAUGAGAACGACGACAGCAAGCCCACGCCUCUUGGCAACCAAGACCCGCUCCCUGGCGACCAGUCAGCCACUGUUGUCGCCACUGUGUUGCCUGCUUGUGGGGAGUGUGGGGAGGCAUUUUCCUCAACCCAAGAAUUGCGUCGGCACGAACGACUCCUCCACCCUGGCCUGCGCCCAUUUCCAUGCCCGGAAUGCGGCAAAGGUUUCUCAGAUCGGGCUGGGCUACGUAAACAUGAGCGCAUCCACUCGGGGGUCCGCCCCCACGCCUGCCCCCACUGUUCUAAGGCCUUCCUGGGGGCCUCUGACCUGCGCAAGCACCUCAAGACCCACGUGGCCCUGGAAAACAGGACCCCCGAUGACACCGUGGUGACUGCUACCAUAACGACCUAUGAGCCACUCCUCCCUGCCCACAUCCACCACCAUCACCACGACGACGAUACGGAUAAGGAUUCUCCAUCAGACUGCCUGCCGGAAGCGCUCACUGAACCCUCUUAAGUUCCACCUCUUCUUUCCUGACAUGUGAUUGGGCAACCUGGUUUGCCCGUUUCAAGGUCCCUCCCCCAAGGUGGCUUGCCUUUAUGAACCCACAGCCUUUCCUUCUUUCCUCAUGAUGUGCUGUGGACAGCACUCCUUCAAUGCCUCCCCCUUUUGGUAUGCCCCUCUCUCCCCUUCCCCUCAAGCACUUCUCCUUGUACAAGGGGGCUUGGCUACCCGCACUUCAUAAGCCCCACCUCUUUACAUAAGUAGGUGUGGCUCCAGUUUCCUUAGCUAGCCCCACUCCUUUCCCCAAUAGACAUUUGCCUACCUGCUGGACCAACCCCCCCCCCCUGUGCUGAGGGGGGGAGGAGGGGACGAACCAUGCUUUUAAAACAUUGACAUCCCUCAACACACACCAUCCCCUGGUCAGCAAUAGGGCGUCUGUCUUUGUUGUGUGGUUGUGUGUCUGUGUCCUUCUGUCCCCUGCAGGGGAAAAUUUGGUCCUGCGGUUGGGUGUGUGCACAUCUGUUAGGAUCAGCCCAUUUGAAAUUUUAAUGCUGUGUGUGAUUUUGGGGGUGGGAAGCAGGGUUAAAUUGGGAAAGUUGGGGGGGAUGCAAAGAACCUCUCCCCAUCCGCUUCCAGAACAAUUAUCUCUACAAAUCUGAGUCAUGCUGUCCUUGCAUGUAUGAACAGAUCAAAUAAACACCUUGUGGUUUUUUUUUUUAAAGGGGGGGAAGUACCCAGAGUUGUAUGUGAUUGGGAAGUUUUGGGUAGUGGUAAUAGAACCCCAAAAUCUUUUCACUCCCCUUGCCUGCUUGCCUUACUAUUUGUAGCUCCCGUCCCACAGCUGAGGACACAAUUCAGGACUCCUCUUCCUUUCCAUGCCUGUCCUCUGAACCCCAUUAUUGCAAAGAGCACGGCAGUCUUAGACCAUCCGUACUGCAUAGCGCUUGUGACGGUAAAGCCUCUGAUGCGGAUGGCUGGGCUGCUGCGAUGGCUCUGAAUGCUCAAGGAACAACUGCAGUUCAGCUUUUCUGAGGGGAGGGAAAGUUGUCACUUUGGCUGAGAUUUAAAUGGGGGUGGCUAGGAAGAGAGCACAGGAGAUUGAGAAGCUAAAUGCAGAGCUUGGAAAAGUUCCUUUUUUUAAAACUACAACUCCCAUCAGCCCCAACCAGUAUGGCCACUGGAUUGGGCUGAUGGGAGUUGUAGUUCAAAAAAGUAACUUUUCCAAGCUCUGGCUAAAUGACAGGGUGCCUAGGGAUAAGGCUGAAGGAAGGGUAUAGUGUGGUCUAAGAAAGAGAAACAUGAAGAACAAAUAGGUGGUGAACAAGGCAUGAGGAAAGGGCUGAGAAGAGAACUGAGACUAGAAGGAGCUAAUUAGAAAGGAGGCUUUGAAACAGGCAUGGGGAACCUUUAGCACUCCAGAUGUUGCUGGACUACAAUUCCCAUCAUCCUUGGCCAUGCCUGCAGGCGCUGAUGGGAGCUGUAGUUCAGCAACAUCUGGAGGAUCAAAGGCUCCCCACACCUGCUCUAAAGAAGGGUUUGAGAUGAGGAGAGACUUCUAAUAGAGAGGAGGAGGAGGAGGAAGGGGAGGGCUAAAGCCACUGGGUCAAAAUAGGCAAUGAGAGUUGGAGAUACAGAUGGAACUGAAGACAAGAGGAGCCAAGGAGAAAGUAGGACCACAGCAAAAGUGCAUGGCGCUUUACACAAAAUGUACACAUUGGCAGGCAGGAAGUGAGCAGGCAAUCUAGAGAGCCAAAGAUACAGAGGGGUACUGCACCUUGGCUCUAGAGCAGCCUUAUGCAUGUGUAUCAAGGACCGCAUUCCCUUGGGGAUAACCUGAGACCCAGAGAAAAGGGGGUUCCUGAUGAACUGAUCUGUAAUAAAGACCACCUUGCUUCAGUUUUCACCAUUGCUUCCUCUGAUUAGGCUUCCUGGUCCUACGCAGGCCUGUUCGGAAGUGAGCCACGCUGGGUUUGGUGGGAUGACUCUCAAAUAUUCCAAGAAACGUAGUACACCAGACCAAUGCAGCUACCGUUCUGUAAAGCAAAUGAAAGCAAUUCCUUUCUGACUUUAGUGUUCCACAUAGAGGAAGACAGACGGCAGAAGCCUACCAAAUUGUUGUAAGUCAUUUUUAUCAAAUAAAACACCGCCUCAGUUGUCCUGAUGCUGUACCAAAAAAAAAGGUAGGGGGGAGAAUUGCUUUUUAAAGCCUGGGAAAAAUAAAGAGAAAAUCAAGAAUGAAGGGCCUUUGAUAGGAAUGUGGCAGCUUCAAGAUUCAUCAUGGAAGGGCUGCAUAAAAUAAGGUUUGGAAUACGCUCUCCAUCUGUACUUGACAGCCAGUGUGGACAACCCAUGGCUCAGGCCUCCAAGGAACUUCUUUCACCCCAAAGCUUUGCUGAUUUUGGUGGCAAUGACCAAAAAUAGAAGUAGACACACCACUGCAGUGGGCAGAGGUUUAAACCUGUGCCUGCCCAGCCCUGCCCAGCACCCUGAUAUGGAUGCAGAUCACCCUCUCCCUACCCAUCAGUUUGAUCAUCUGAAGAGGGCAUGCACUGCAAGAAUAUGGGGUGGCUACAUCUGCUGGCAUGUGCCCCCCCCCCUCAAAAUGGGCCAAAUAGGGAUAUGGCCCUCAGGCCAGAGAUAUGUUCGUCCCCCUGGCCCUGGCCCUAGAGUGUGGCUGAGGAAUGCUGCCUGUUUUGAUUUCCCAAGAAGCUUUGGGUGAUGCCAGCAGAGAUGGGGUGGGAAACCCAGACUGAUUUAAAUUAAGCAGCCCAUACCAUGAACCAGUAUUCCCAGAAGCCCCAAGGGGACCGCUCUUUUCUCUGAAGUGGCUGCCAGUAACAGAGCACCUCAGCCAGCUUCUUGGGCUGCGUGUGGAUACUACAUGUAUCUGUAUAGAGUGCACCCUUGUUGGAUGUAUGCUCUUUACUCUCCUUUGGCCCUAAGGAGAUGCGUCUCCUCGUGCGCUUUCCCAUCUAAUGUGUGCAAACCGUGUGAACCAGUGAUGGUCUCUGUACCUUUGUGGUGUCUUUGGGCUUCACACUGCUUGUCUCCCCCUGCUAUGCACCACUCUGAGCAGCCGUUUGUGAGUGUGCAGGGCGGGGGGAGAAGCUAAGGGGUUUCCACAAUCAGUCACGUCAUUGAUUACUAAUACCCUUUCUGAAGCGGCCUGUGGCUGGAAGUGUCAAACCAAUAACCUGCUCACAGUAGCAUGUGGGGUGGAGUAGGCUGGGUUGACUCAG